UCAAAUCCCAUUCAUGCGAGUGAAAUUUAAUCUCCAUCGUGAGACAUGCGUAAUUUAAUUGCAGAAAUCAUUAAUUAUAAAUGAGCUCUGACAGUAGCAGAGCCUAUGAAUUUGGAGAUUAAAUCAAAAGAACCCGAUCAACAUGAGUUAAAGGAUUUCUGGAGUGGAAGGGCAUCAUUACAGAAGUUGUUCACAAUCUUCGAGGUGCAACAUCCCUUUUGACGUGUCAACAUCAGGCAUCCCUUCUGUUACAGGCAUUCUUUUUCAUCACUCCAUCGAAGAAAGAUAAAGAUUAAAAAAAUCGCCACAGAGAAAAAAAUGGCGCUUUCUGCAAGGCGAGAAACGACACGGCACGUUUAGAAACGGCCAUUCACGACAAGAAACAAACGAUUCAUCUGUUAUAACAAAGGGAAUGAAAAUGAGUAUGUAUAAAUAUGAAACCAAUGCAGCAUUCGAUACAGAAGCUUUCAAUCAGAUCAUAUUGCCACCUGCAUUUGCUUUAAAGUUUCAAACCUGCUUCAAAGAAAAUAAUCCAUCCCUUGGUGAGUCUAUGGCAUCGUUGAUGACUGCCGGUGUUGAACAGGACGAAGAACAAAGGAUUGAAGUUGAGCUCAAUGAUGCCCAUAAAAGGCUGGAAAAUUUAUCCUGCUAUUUGGCGAUAUUAUCGAUCUUCUUCAUGUUCGCGGUGUUAAGGGGUUUGAUGGAUUUGAAGAAAGACAGGGAAUCCAUUGUUGUGGGGGUAUUUAUGGGGGCUAUCUUUACCUCAAUAGAGAUUGGAGUGAUCUUUGGGAUUGGGAGGAUGGUCAUUGGGUGGUCCCUUCUUACAAAAAGAGCCAUGUUAUUUGGGAAGGUGAUUUUCUGCAUCUCUGAAGGAUUAUUCAUGGUGAGCCUCUUUGCGGCAAUUUAUCUGCUGAUGCAGUCUCAAUUAAAAUGGGUUGCAAUCGGUGUGACUUCAGGAGUUGUAGUUAUUGGGGUAGUAAUUUUAGCUAUUGUGUAUAGAGUGUUGGAAUUGUAUACUGGUACUACUGUGGGAUUCACACCAUUGGCUUGCCUUGCUUUUCGUUUUGGUGGGCUAACUGCAGUCCUCAUUAUUUCACUUAUGCUCUAAAGCAUUAUGAUGAUAAGCCCAUCACUCAUUUCCCCAAGAGUUGUGAGGAUGAUUUUCUUGUGUAUAACACAGCUACCUUCGUAAGAAAAGUUUUUUAAACUA